CUGUUUGGUUCAGCAAAUUAAAUAAGAUUACACGUUAAUAGCAAACAUUUAUAGAUAAGAAGAUAUUGAUUCAAACUGAUAAAUUUGAAAUCAAGAUUGAAUAAAAAUUCAUUUCUUUUUCUCGUCUGUAGAAAAAGUUUAAAACUCCAGUUUCUGAGAGAUACCACCUCACAAGGAGAGAAUGCUGUCAAGGAUUAAUUUACUUCAAGCAACUUUUUUUAAAUCGUCAGAAUUAAUUCUAAGAUCAAUGAGUACCAAAAGAAAAUGUGCUUUUGUUGAUGGGAAAUGGGUUGGAGCUGCAAGUGGCAAAACUUUUCCAGUUAUGAAUCCUGUUGAUUGUUCAAUCAUUGAAAAUGUUCCUGACAUGGAUGCAGCAGAUACUAAAAAAGCAAUAAAUGCUGCCCAUAAAGCUUUUCAGACAUUUCGCAAAACAACUGCUAAAGAACGCAGUGAUUUACUAAGAUCUUGGUAUAAUUUGAUGGUCAAACAUUCCGAAGAGCUUGCAGAAAUAAUGACCAAAGAAAAUGGAAAAUCUUUGGACGAGUCAAGAGCUGAAAUUAGAUAUGGUAAUUCAUUUGUAGAAUGGUUUGCUGAAGAAGCUAGAAGAAUCAAUGGUGAAGUUUUGCAGUCUCCUGUAAAAAAUCGAGAAUUACUUUUAAUUAAACAACCAGUUGGUGUAAGUGCUUUUAUAACUCCAUGGAAUUUUCCUCAUGCUAUGAUAACAAGAAAAGCUGGUGCAGCUUUGGCAGCAGGCUGUACUUGUGUGAUUAAACCUUCUGAAGAUACUCCACUUUCUGCUUUGGCUCUAGCGAGCUUAGCAGAAGAAGCUGGAUUCCCAGCAGGUGUAAUUAAUGUUCUUACAACAAGCACAGAGAAUUCUGUUGCAGUUGGACAAGAGCUUUGCAGUAAUCCAAAAGUUAGAGCCUUAUCAUUCACUGGUUCAACAGCAGUAGGAAAGACUUUAUAUAAGCAAUGUGCUGAUACUAUGAAACGCUUAAGUCUUGAAUUAGGAGGCAAUGCACCUUAUAUUGUUUUUGAAUCUGCUGACGUUAAUUUGGCAGUUUCUGGAGCAAUAGCUAGUAAAUUCAGGAAUUCAGGACAAACUUGCAUUUCAGCUAAUAGAUUCUUUAUACAUUCUAAGAUAUAUGAUGAAUUUGUUUGCAAAUUUAUGACUAAAAUAGAAAGUGAAAUUAAAAUGGGUGAUGGAAGUAAGAAGGGUAAUACUCAUGGACCGUUGAUCAAAUCAAGUCAACUCAAAAUUGUAAGUGAUUUAGUCAAUGAUGCCAAAGCAAAAGGUGCUACUGUUCAUUGUGGAGGUAAACCUCUAACAGAAUUAGGACCAUUAUUUUAUGCACCUACAGUUAUAACUGAUGUUACUAAGAGUAUGGAAAUUUAUGCUAAAGAAAUAUUUGGACCUGUUGCUGUGAUACAUAAAUUUGAUGAUGAAGAAGAUGUCAUUCAAAGAGCUAAUGAGACACCAGUUGGGUUGGCUGGAUAUUUCUUUUCAAGAGAUAUUUCUCAGAUAUUUAGAGUAGCAAGAAAUUUAGAAGUAGGAAUGAUUGGUGUUAAUGAAGGUUUAAUUUCUUGUGCUGAAGCAGCUUUUGGUGGUGUUAAAGAAUCUGGAAUUGGUAGGGAAGGUUCAAGCCAUGGUAUCGAUGAGUAUGUAGAUAUUAAAUAUCUCUGCAUUGGUAAUGUACACCAUUAAAUGUAUAUGAAAAGCUUUAUGCAAUAUAUAAAAAGAAUGAAUUGAAAACAUUUAAAUAUAUUUUAGAUCAAUUAGAUGUAGUAAAAAGCUCAUUUUUAAGGAAAAUAUUGUCCUAAAAAUGUAUGCUAUUCCAAUUAAGCAAAAUUAUGAAAAUAUUUAAUGGAUAUUAUUUUUUAUAAGUCCAAUUUUAUUCUAUGCUCUCAUUUAUCCCUCACGAUUAUUUUGUAAAGAUGUGAGUUUACUUCAACUAUUGUUACUAUUACUACAAAACUUUAUGAAUGUAAAGUUUAUCUUUUACCAUGAAAAUUAUUUAGAUUAAUAACUAUAAUUAAAAAUAUGCAUGUGAUAAAGUAUUUAAUACUCAAUGUACAUUUUUUUGGCAGAGUAAUUUUUUUAUUAUUGUAAUAAAUAUGCAAAAAGAGUAAAUGCUUUUUAAUAUUUAGGCUUUUAUUUUCUAAAAAGCUCUUAUAUAUUUAUUUUAAUUUAAAAUCAAUUUUAAAAAGAGAAAAUUUAACA